CCGCAGGCCGCGCCGGGCACGCGCCGCGGUGACGUCAGCGCGGUGAGGGCCGGGGCGGGCGCGGGGCCGGGAGCGGCGGCGAUGGCGGCUGCGCCGGGCGGGAGCGUCCCGCGGGGCUGCGGGCGCUGCUGAUCGCCGCGGUGCGUCCCGCAGGGAUCACUCCUUUGGUGUUGCCUGAUCAGUGAGUUCUUUACAUACGCUCCAGCAGUGGCCACACAGAACUGACAAACUUCAGCUGGAAGAGGGAAGAUGACAUCCUUAGGUGCACCACAGGAGGAAAUGCGUAAACUGACCUUGGAUACACCACAGAAAGAAAUACGCGAACUGCCCUUGGAUACAUCACAGAAGACAAUCAGUAACCCGAUCAUUCCAUAUGUUGGGACAAUACAUGGUGGCCUUGUUCCUGGAGAGCUGAUUGUGAUACAUGGGACUGUUCCUGAUGAUGCAGACAGGUUCCAGGUGGAUUUACAGUGUGGCAGCAGCAUAAAGCCUCGAGCUGAUGUGGCAUUCCAUUUCAACCCUCGCUUCAAAAGGUCUGGCUGCAUUGUUUGCAACACACUGGAGAGGGAGAAGUGGGGCUGGGAGGAGAUCACUUAUGAGAUGCCCUUUGGAAAAGGAAAAUCAUUUGAGAUUGUCAUCAUGAUUUUAAAGGAUAAAUUCCAGGUGACUGUAAACAAAAAGCACUUGCUGCUCUACAACCACAGAAUAAGCCUUGAAAAAAUAGAUACUCUUGGAAUAUAUGGCAAAGUGCAGAUCAAAACCAUUGAGUUUGUUUCUAAGUCUUUACAAGGCUCUCAGCCAUCAUCUCUAGGAGUAACAAAGAUAAGCACAGAAAAUGGGGAAAUGCCAAAUGGUUCACAAUUGGGUGUUCCUUACGUUGGGAAACUUGAUACUGCACUUCGUCCAGGAUGCACAAUUGCCAUUAAAGGAGAAGUGAAUAAAAACCCAAAGAGCUUUGCAGUCGAUCUGAGACCAAGUGACUCAAAGGACAUUGCUUUACAUCUGAAUCCCCGAAUGAAAAAUAAAGUUUUUGUCAGAAAUUCCUACCUUCAUGACAGCUGGGGAGAAGAAGAAAAGGAAGUUGCUAACUUUCCUUUCAGUCCAGGGAUGUAUUUUGAGCUGAUUAUUUUCUGCGAUGCCUACCAGUUCAAAGUUGCUGUUAAUGGUGUUCACACUCUGGAGUACAAGCAUCGUUUUAAACAACUUGAAAAGAUCAACAUAGUGGAAGUCACAGGAGAUGUUCACUUGUUGGAUGUGAGGAGCUGGUAGUUCUUUUCGAUCAGUACUGAAAUAGUUUAACCUCUUCUAAUGACAGUGCCUCCUUGUCAAGUACAGAUAGGUGCUGACUCAUGCUGAGCCUGCCUUUAACGUAUCUAGGCUUUGCAUUUGCCUCUCUGAGUUAGGCAAGUACCAGAAAUGCUAACUGCAAAUUUAAGUCCUUCUCUAGUCUUCAGUUUCCUGGCAAGCUGUUAGUGUUUGCUCAGAUAAAUCUUCUGCAUUACUGAACCUAGCAAUAUGAAAAUGCUGCAUCAUACUGUGUCCAACAAGUGCACUCUGUAUGUUUAACUACCAUUUAGCAUUCCUGAACACCAUACAUUCAAUAUUGUGAAGUAGAAAUGAGACUGAAAUAGAAUCCAAAGAUAGUUAUCCACCUCAAAAGGGAUGUUUAUAAUUUAUUUAAUACAGAACUACGGAUUAUAAUUUUAUAUGUCUUAAUUUAUGUUAGAACAAUAACCUUUACAGUGAGGCUGGAUUAAGCCAACAGUUGACCCCUUACUUCUGGCAAAAGGCAAAUUUGAUCUUACCUCUUAGCCUGCUGCUGCAAUAGCACCUUCUCUGGCAUAUGUGGUUAUAUCACCUCCUGCUUACAAGGGCCCCAGAUUUCUAGCUUUUAGUUUUCCAAAGUGAAACACAGGAAAGGGAUUUAGCUGGUUUCAAUUACAUGAACUUCACAAAGCUUGUUUGAUCUGAAGUGGCUCCUAACUGGGUUAAGAAUCCUUGGGGUCUGAAGUAGAUGUUUGUGGGUUUCAUUUUUAAAAUAUGUCUGAAUCCAGGUAGUUUCAGCUGAGAUGGCACUUGACUACUCAGCAGUGGACUAGAGAAGGAAUCCUUUUUCAGUCUUGUACUAAAAUACUAUCUAUGUCAAAUAAACUGUUCCUAUUGAGUUUUCCGUAAAAAUGUCAGUCUUUUUAUAUCCUUUUUAAAAAUAAGUUACUAUUGGUUGUCAAUACAUGCCUGAAGGAUGUCCCCUGUAUGUCUUAAGACUGCUAAUACAGAAGCAAUUUCAAGAAUAAGAUGUACACUAAAAGACUUUAAAUGAGCAAAUUUAAUGUAUAAAAAGCAUCAAUAAAAACAUAUGUGAACUCUGCUUUUC